AUGCCCCCCCAAAACCCCAUCCUCGUAACCCCCUCCUCCACCCUCGGCUCCAACAGCAGCGGCGCCCAAACACAGGGCAUGACGCGCCAAAACGCCCUCGUAAACGUCUCUUCCAACAUCUGCGCAACACGCAUGAUAGCAGCACCACACACGGCAUCCGCAAUCCAUCAUCACGGAGAAGAAAAUACCAUCGUCUUCGCAUUCAGUGGUCAAGGGACGAUUGUGAGUGAAGGGGGUACGAAAAAACAAGUCUUGAUGCCGGGGGAUUUUGCUCUGAUUCCUGCUUGGGCGGAACAUCAAGAGGUGAAUGAGACGGAUGAGGAGGUCGUGUGGGCCAUUGUGAGGAGUGGGAGGGAGCCUGUCGUGGUGAAUUUGGAUGAGGAGGGGGGUUGGGGGAGUAGUGUGUGAGUGUGAUGAUGAGAGUGGACUGGGAAAGAAAGAAAAAGAAAAGAAAAAGAAACGAGAGAAAGAGACAGGAUCAUGUGUUUCUCUUCUGGAGAGAAAUAUGUACAGUAGGAAGAAGAUGACUAGGUAACUGUAGGUGAGGAAAGCUUGCGCUUACAUUCCAUAUGGCCGAUGAGAAGCCUGCUGUGCUAUCUAAGUAUUUUAUUCAGACGAAGAAAAUCUGUUGUGAGUAAUAGUGUCGUCCUUGACACAUUCCCACGGGUAUAAAAAAAGCUCGUUCCAAUCAGCAUGCUUCAUCACCCAUGCACCAUGCUAGUGUUCAUUCGACUCUUGCAAGCGCUACUCGUUGCUACAUCUCACGAGCGACAAAUCACGGUCCCUUCGGCGCUAAAGUCGAUUUGCGCUGUGACCUCUUUCGUUCUGGUGAUGGGGUCGGACUGCCGAUACUCGACAUGUGCAAGCCAUUAAAUGCUCGCCUGAGGUCUGGCGAAGUCGGCCGUGAUGGGCUCUCAGUGGCAAAAAAGUUCUUGUACGACAUGCUGGGUGACACCGGCUGAGAAAGGAAAGCCGUCAGUCGACGAUCAGCAUCUCUGAUGUCCAAUCCGCCGCCUACUGGACGUUCUGCCACGCCACGAUUGGCGACAUCGUCGAAAUCCUCAUCCUCGUAUGAAGUCGUGGGAGAUGAGUGACCCGAACACUUCUCAUCGGAAGAAGACAGUACGGUGUCGCCAGCAUUUAAACUAGCAAGUUGGAAUGGUGAAAGUGUCGAACCUUCAAUCAUCGAUCUGAUGGGGUUGUGGCUCAAUUUGCUCCGGCCCCGCACGAGGCGUGGUACGGCAAUUGCAUCUUCAAAAGAGCCAAUCUGUGAUCGUGUGCGUGAAAGACCAAACUCAGACCUGGUAGAUGAUGCUCUUUUGUGUCUUUUCCCUCGAUUUUGACUUUUCAUGAUGGAAGCGGCAGUCGUACUGUUCACUGCGCGUUCCAAGUCCAGCUCAAUGGCCACAGUAUUGCGAAUGCGGUCGAUUUUGGGCCACGUCGCCCGUUCACCAUGCCGCGUUGCUUGUUCCAUAAACUCAUGGGUGGGAUUGGCAAGAAUCUUUAAUAUCCCAACCCAUGAGAUCUCCGGCAAGAUCGUGAUGUCGCCAUCAUACUUCUGCGUGAUCACGGCAUGGAGCAUCUUCAGGAGAAACGGGUCCCAUAUCGACUCCAUAAAGUUGUCGAGGGCGAAUAUGAAAUUGGACUUGCUGACCGAGAGCACAUUCUGCAGGAGUGUCGAGUUCGACACCUGCUCGCUCUGCAGGAAAUGUUGAACAUGAGGAUUCACUUGACACGCAAUGAAGUUAUUCACGUUGAACAUGCGUUCGAGAGUGGCCGAUGGCAAGUCUGCCUGGAUGCUGCCAUCAAUAUACUUGUGGUCCAAGUGUCCCCACAGCUCAAUCUCGCCCGUCGCUGCGUUCUUGCAUUUCAGUCCUGGAGCCUCAAACACGUACGGAACAGCACAAGAAGACGCGACGGCCGACCAGAUGACCACAUUCGGCGCCGAGAUGUAAUUGAGUAGACGAGGCACAUUAUGCUUGUCCUUGCAUGACACGUGGAUGUUGAGGAUCAUUCUCGUCAAGUUGUACGCCUCUUUGAACGUGAUGUCUCCCAGGAGAUUGCGCAUCACGCGACAGAGAUUGCCGACAUUGAAGGCAGGCUCGCCUUUCAAUAUGUUGACCGUAGCUCCAAUCCAGCCCGGCAUUUCGUCGUCGCUCUGAAACACCUUGAGAUCGCCUUUUUGCAGUUCGUCCAGCUUCGCCAGAAUGACAUCGCGUUUGUGUGUGCAGAGAACCGAGCCCACAAUACUGCCCGCCGAUGCACCGCAGACGAUGGAUGGCAACAGACCCUCUUCAAUCAGGCUCUUCACGACUCCAAUGUGACACAUGCCAAGGGUACCACCUCCCGACAACAUGAGUGCAGUCUUCCCAAACGAAGUGCGAGCCAGUUUCAACGUCUCGUUGUACCGUUUCACAUCCGCCGUGGGAUCGUUCUCGCAGUAGUCAAUCAGUUGCUCAAUCGUGUAGCUCACCACGGUGGUGUAUUCAUCAAUCAAGAACUUGGUUCCUACACGACAAUGCCGGUAGAGCUCGGGGUUGCACAUUCCUCCCAAGUCUCGUUUGAGAUGAUUGCGAAUGUGGUACAACAUGGCCUCCAUGUCUCGAUUAUUGAUGGCCUGCUUAAGAGCUCGCAGUCGAUUGCGGAGCAGGGCUACAUCGUAGUCUUCAUCCUCCUCGUCCUCCAGUCGCCAGAAGUCGUUGCCCUCGAGCAUGUCCAACUGUUGUGCAGAUGCCCUCCAUUCUUGCCCAUUCUCUGCUGCUCGCAUGCGCAACUCUUGCAGAGCUUUCGCUGCCUCGGCCUUGCUCUUUGUGUGUUGUCCAAACAGCCCCGUCCAGCGGACCGUGUCGAGCAGAUCCUCUGCUAUUUGGAAGGGAGCAUAUGUAGCUCCUGGCAGAGAAGGCAGCCAUUGUGAUGGCUUUGAGGGUACCGUCUUGCUCCCAGACUUUGUCGGGGAACCAUCUUCCUGCUCACUGUGGUCACCGUACUUUCCGCAUGUCGGCAGAGUGGUGCCUAAUAGCCAAGCCAUGCGGACUGGCCAUUCGUCUGGGCUGCUCGAUGAAUAUGCAGUGUACGGCGAACGACACUGGAUGCUCGGUAGGUGGCGGUGGCAUUGAUGAAGUCGGAUCGAGAGUCCACGUCACGUUGCAAUCGAGAUGAUUUGGGACCAAUCGCACUGUUGUCAUUCGGCGGCGGGAAUGGAAAAUGGUCACAGGCGCCACGCAUCAGAUCAUUUUGAGCAGUCCGUCGGGCGGAAGCGAUGCAACCACUAGGAGGUAGAACUAACAGGAAGCGAUCAGGCGCGUGU